AUGUGGCUCUUGCUAGUAUUUACGAUUUUAUUCGCGUGCGAUUCCUCUCGGGCGGCAAAUAUUCUUUACCUCAACGGAAUUCCUUCACCGUCGCACUUCAUAUGGAAUCGUUCCCUGAUGUACGGUUUGGCGGCCAAAGGUCACAACGUGACGGCUUUGAGUGUCGAUAUAGACGAUAAGGCGCCGCCCAAUGUUAGCUUCAUACAAAUCGAGGGCGUCUACGAGUUUAUGACUGAUUCUGAUGAUAUAAUAGAUUACUUGGAAAUGACCAAGUUUACAACUUACGACAUGCUGACUGCUUUCAGUGAUUUUUGUAUCGGGGGUUGCUUAGCUUCUUUGAACUCGAAGGGGCUGGAGCAGUUGCUUGCGUACCCGGAUGAUUUCAAGUUUGAUUUGAUCAUCAGCGACUUCCUACAGGGGCCAUGCCUUUCGCCUGUGGCUCAACAUAAAUUCAAAUAUCCACCAUUGGUUUUGGCUACCGGAUUUCAUGGACUGACACUUUCCACCUCGAUAACCGGAGCUUAUUCUUAUCCGGGUAGUAUCCCGAAUCACGAGUACGAUGUGCCAGAGAAUAUGAACUACAAGCAGCGCUUCAUGAAUUUCUUAUACAGCCAUUACGAGGAGCUACUACGAACCUAUCACACAGAACCGACCAUGGAUGGUUUGAUUCGUCAGAUUAUGCCAGAUAUUCCUUAUGUUGCAGAUUUGGACAAAAAUGCUCGAGUAGUUCUUUUGAACUCCAAUCCCGUAAUUCAGUACUCUGAAUCAGCCAUGCCCAAUCUGAUCUCCGUAGGAGGAAUGCAAAUAAGCUCCCCGAAAGAACUUCCGGUAGAUUUGAAAACGGUAAUCGAGAGCGCCGAAAAUGGCGCCAUCCUGUUUUCUCUAGGGACAAACGUUCGAAGUGAUUCUCUCGGAAAAGAACGAAUCGUCGCCAUUGUCAAUGCGAUGGCCAAAUUUCCCCAGUUCAAAUUUCUUUGGAAGUUCGAAUCGGAUAAACUUCCGAUCGAAAUCCCGCCAAACGUCUAUAUCCGGAAGUGGAUGCCUCAAAAUGAUAUCCUCGCACACCCGAACAUAAAACUGUUCAUCACCCACAGUGGACUUUUGAGCACCCAAGAAGCGAUUUGGUAUGGGGUCCCUCUGAUAGGGUUCCCAAUCUUUGCGGAUCAGAACAAAAACAUUAACUACUGUGUCCAACAGGGAGUUGGAAUAAGAUUAUCCAUCGACAAGCUCAAUACCAAAGAUCUAGCCGAGGCCAUCGAAACCAUUACCUCGAAUCCAUCGUAA